AAUAUUAUUUGCGAUCUAUGGGAUCUUUUGAAUAAUUAAUUAAGGGGCGUGUUGGUUACGUCAGCCAAUAGGCAGCGCUGAAUGAGUAAGGUAACGGCGGCGUUUAUACUGAUUUGUAUGGUGUUACCCGUCCUCAGUAAACCGGUCGGAGGUGAUGGCGUCCGUGGCAGCGAAAGAGCCGAACUUAAGCCCGGCUCCGAUAGCACCCUCCGCGGAGUCCCUGGUCCCUGCUAGCAUGUUCGCGCCGGGCAGGGGAUGUGGCGAUGACGUACACGGCGCGGACAGCUUCGAGGACGGCGAGACCUUCAACGGCGAGGCCGGGGAUCACCUGGACUUCAGCAGCAAGCUUGCUCUGGUGAGCCCCAAUGGGGCGCAGUAUGACUCGCUCCUGCGGCAGCUGAGGGAUCGCAUGGAGGAGGGCUGUGGGGAGACCAUCUAUGUGGUGGGCGUGGGCUCUGAUGGUGGAGACUACGGUCUGUCAGAGGCAGACAUGGAAGCCUCUGUAGCCACAGUACGGUCGCUGACUGAGCAGCUGGACGCUGACCUCAUUCUGCUGCGCGAGCGGACGGAGGCGGGUGGCCGCGUGCGCGACUUCCUCAUCCGCCGCAGAGUGGGAGAGGCAGACUUCCUGGAGGUCAGGGUGGCAGUGGUGGGCAACGUGGACGCGGGCAAGAGCACGCUGUUGGGUGUGCUGACGCACGGCGAACUGGAUAACGGGCGUGGCUUCGCGCGCCAGAAGCUGUUCCGCCACAAGCACGAGAUGGAGAGCGGGCGCACCAGCAGCGUGGGCAACGACAUCCUGGGCUUCGACCAGGAGGGCCAGGUGGUCAACAAGCCUGACAGUCACGGCGGCAGCCUGGACUGGACCAAGAUCUGCGAGAAGUCAUCUAAGGUGAUCACCUUCAUCGACCUGGCUGGCCACGAGAAGUACCUGAAGACCACAGUCUUUGGCAUGACGGGCCACCUGCCGGACUUCUGCAUGCUGAUGGUGGGAAGCAAUGCAGGGAUUGUGGGAAUGACGAAGGAGCACCUCGGCCUGGCCCUGGCUCUCAAUGUUCCCGUUUUCGUGGUGGUCACUAAGAUCGACAUGUGCCCAGCCAACAUCCUCCAAGAAACUCUCAAGCUGUUACAGAGGUUACUGAAGUCCCCAGGGUGCAGGAAGAUCCCCGUUCUGGUGCAGAACAAGGACGACGUCAUCGUCACUGCGUCCAACUUCAGCUCUGAAAGGAUGUGUCCCAUCUUCCAGAUCUCCAAUGUGACCGGCGAGAACAUGGACCUGCUUAAGAUGUUCCUCAACCUGCUGUCCUCCAGGACGUCGUACAGUGACGAGGAGCCCGCCGAGUUCCAGAUUGAUGACACGUACUCCGUGCCGGGCGUGGGCACCGUGGUGUCUGGGACGACGUUACGCGGGUUGAUCCGGCUGAACGACAUCCUGCUGCUGGGCCCAGACCCCCUGGGAAACUUCAUCCCCAUCGCAGUCAAGUCCAUCCACCGCAAGAGGAUGCCGGUGACAGAGGUCCGAGGGGGUCAGACGGCCUCUUUCGCCCUGAAGAAGAUCAAGCGCUCGUCCAUCAGGAAGGGCAUGGUGAUGGUGUCUCCCAAGUUGAGCCCGCAGGCCUCGUGGGAGUUUGAGGCAGAGAUUCUGGUGCUGCAUCACCCGACCACCAUCUCACCGAGAUACCAGGCCAUGGUGCACUGUGGGAGCAUCAGGCAGACAGCAACUAUCCUAAGCAUGAACAGAGACUGUCUGAGGACAGGAGACAAGGCCACCGUGCACUUCCGCUUCAUUAAGACCCCCGAGUACCUGCACACGGAACAGAGGCUGGUCUUCAGGGAAGGCAGGACCAAGGCUGUGGGCACCAUCACCAAGCUGCUGCAAUCGACCAAUAACCUGCCCUCCAAUGCCAAGCCGCCACAAAUGAAGAUGCAGUCAGUGAAGAAAGCUCCGCCUCGCCGGGAGGACAGCUCGGCAGCAGCCAAUGAGGAGCUGGGCCCUCAGGGGCGGCCAGCCAGUCCACACUCCACACAGCAGCAGGCAGUGCUGGAGGAAGAUUCACAGACUAAAGAUGGCAACAAAGAGAACAAGCCAAAGUCAGGAGGUGGAGGCAGAAGAAGAGGCGGCCAGCGACAUAAAGGCAAAUCUCUAACAAACUCAACAGCAACCCCUGCAGGUGGAGUAGGGGGAUGUUAAAUCACACCCAUCCUCCCUGCUCUUCAGUCUUUUCUAUCCUCUAUAAGGUAUCUCUACCCACAAGUGCAGCAUUUCAAAGCAGAACACCCCCAUUCCCCACUCCAGCCCCCCCCUACUGUGUGGUCAGAGUUCACUCUAUCAGGGAUCCCUGACUCUGAUCUUCGUUAUUGCACACUGCUUUCAGAAAGGUGUGGUAUGGUGUGCACCUUGGGCACAGGCGCCUUUGCAGGUCUCUAUUCCCUCUAAACUGAUUUUUUUUUUACCAAAGUCAGUUCUUAUUUUUGCACAGUCUUAAUUGGAUUAAAAAGGAAAAACAUGUCCUGCGUAGUGGCUCCCUCUUCUGGCCGGUGAGUGUGGCACACGGUGUAAAGACCCUGCCAUCAGACCUCCCCCCAAAGGCCGACAGGGACAGCAGGGCAGGCACAGAGGUGGACGUUUGACUGUAAAUAAUCACGAAUAAACGUUCGUCUCCGAACUCCCUUUGCCACAUUCAGCCUAGUUCUGCUUUAGGAGGCUUGUGACCUUUUAUAUAAUAAAUGUUUUCAUAAAAAAAAAAGGAUAGAAUCUUGUAGAAAGAAAACAAAAACUAAAUUCCUGUCGUCAUGCUCCUCAUACGUUAACGAGGUUUUUCUUUUUUUUUCUCCUGGGCCUCUAUCAGCCAGAUGUUCUGAAUGUGUAAUUAGCAGCAGGCUCGCGACCCCACUUGCUGACGAGGGACUGACUGCCCGUGCUUCACGUGGAGCUUCCUGUGUAGCGAGCCAGCCGCUGAUAGCAGGCCAAAGCAUGCAUCGAACUCUGGGUGUGCAGUUUAGGGCCACUGGUAUGGUCACUUUUGGUCGGAAUGGAAAAGUUUCAGGAUUCAUAGAAAUCUGAUUUGUAGUAGGAAGUAUAGCUAUGGCAUGUGAGGUUCACUGGUGCAGUGAUAGGCUGGGAAUCACUGCCAGUUCCCACACUGCUCCCGGCAGGCGUGGUACGUGUCUGGGCACCUUGAGAAUGUGUGUUGGCAGGUGUGAUGUGGGGGUGCUGUUUUUAGAGGGAGAAGAUAUCUAAUGAAACUGAUAACAGUGCCUUGAAAUUUAGGUUUGGGCUCCGAUUUGAGGCGAUCAGUGCACUUUCAGCGACUCGUUUGGGCCGUAACAGGCCAUAGUCAUGCACCCACGUCUUCUCGUUAGUCGCAUGGGACGCCAGGUCGUCUGGUAAGACGGGCAGCUUUUAAGCUGGGUUGAUGUGCCAUCUGCGGCACGGUUGGUGCUAUAUGCCUGAAAUGAGAAGCUUGGGCACAGGCAGCCUGCCCAGUGGUUUGAAGGGGGCAAUGGAGACUCUGGUCCAGGUUCUUCAGACCUAGAAGGCUUCGUUCCAGGUGUAACUGAAAACACAGUUGGCCCCUUCUGAGAGGGCAGAUCGGUGGGAGUUCGGUAUCGUGCUGGCCGAUGUACUGAAUGCACAGAGUGGUCGAGUAAAUUGGUUCUGGAUAAUAGACUUUGGAAGUUCCUUUUAUUAGUUUGGGGGGAGGGGGGAUAGCUUUUAAUUUUGUUGUUUUUUGAUCAGUAGUUUACGAAGGCAGCCCCUGGUGGACACACAGCAGUAUGGGGUCCGGCAAAGAUUGUUGUCUUAUGCCUUAAUUAAAAAUAAGGCUUCAGUUUACUGUGUGCUGUUGAUGAUGUUCCCAUUCAAGCUUUCAUCCGCUUGGUGCAAAAGAACGACUGAAAUGGCACCAUUCAGCGGGUUCAUGUUCUGUAGUGAAGGAACAGGAAGGUAGGCGGUCUUUAAACUGAUGCGAUGUGAAUAGUUACCCAACAUCGAGAUGUUAGACUGUUCAGAGAUUUUUAUCAUUGUUUUCUAAUAAUAAUUUUUAUUAGAUUGUGCAUAGUGUUUUUUGUUUUACAAGGAAAGGGCUCUGAAAGUGGAAUCUGUUGGCUGUGAAAGGGUUUUAUCCUGAACAUAAACUGCCAGGCAUUUUUUUUAUUGCAUGAUUUAUUUUUUGAGAAGGACAAAAACAUUCUAUGUAUGUAUGUAUAAAAAGGAGGUUUAAAAUGCCAUUAAAACUUAAAAGUGGUGUGGAUUUGUGUUGUACAUCCUUUUCAAUAAAUUAUCGAGUACCAAUA